AUGCAUCAAAAAUACGCUCGAGAAUACUUCGCACCCUCUGAAAUCUGAUCUGCGAUGGAAACCCAGCAAAAUACUCCUCGCCGCGAGUCUCGAGCCAAGAGAGCCGGCCUGUGUUUCCCUGUGACGCGUAUCGAGAGGAAACUCCGGCUAAUGAAGGGCGUGAAGCGCCUCAACGACGAGACCGCAAUUUAUCUCGCGACCGUAGUCGAGUACAUUUGUACCGAGAUCCUCGACGUCUCGGCAACGGAAGCGAGGGAGCGGAAACUGAAGAUCCUCAGCCCUGAAAUCCUUCGGGAGGCUAUCAGGAAAGAUCCGGAGCUGAAUGAGGUCUACAGAGGAUUUUUCGCAAACUAUGAAGAGCAGGAAGACCAUGAAGACGAAGAAAAGGUUUCAACUGUCAACGUCGAGGGUCUCUCGAGCUUCCUUGAAGCGGCGAUGCUCUAGCCUCGCCUUCCUAAUUUGAGAGAUUUUGAGAAAUAAACCGAUUUCGUUUAGAGCAGCCAAAA